AUGGCGAUACAGUUGUCGAAAAAGAGGAAGAUUGUGGCAGAUGGACUCUUCAAGGCUGAGUUGAAUGAGUUUCUCACCAGGGAGCUGGCAGAGGAUGGAUACAGCGGAGUUGAGAACCGUGUCACCCCCACACGUACAGAGAUUAUUAUCCUUGCCACCCGCACACAGAAUGUUCUCGGAGAGAAGGGUCGUCGUAUUCGGGAGUUGACAUCCGUGGUUCAGAAGAGAUUUGGUUUUCUUGAAGGCACAGUUGAGUUAUAUGCGGAGAAGGUUGCUACUCGUGGGCUUUGUGCAGUCGCUCAAUGUGAGUCUCUCCGAUACAAGCUUAUUGGAGGUCUGGCUGUCAGAAGGGCUUGCUACGGUGUUUUGCGGUUCAUUAUGGAGUCUGGAGCUAAGGGCUGUGAAGUUGUGGUGUCUGGGAAAUUGAGGGGUCAGAGAGCAAAAUCCAUGAAAUUCACAGACGGCCUGAUGAUUCACAGUGGUGACCCCAUGAACGACUACGUAGAUACAGCAGUCAGACACAUAUUGUUGAGGCAAGGUGUUCUGGGAAUCAAGGUUAAGAUCAUGCUGGCCUGGGACCCUACUGGCAAGACUGGACCACGAAAACCUCUGCCUGAUCACGUCAGCAUUGUUGAGCCUAAAGACGAGGUGGCUCCGGCACAGCCAUACAGUGAAGCCAGGAGCAGCAAACCUACAGACCCUGUACCGUCUGUUAUAGACACUGCACCAGCAUAG